AUAGAUACUGUUAAUAUUCAGAAUCCAUUAUUCCAUUACAAAUUCAAAGGAACUGCAUCUGGAUUCAGAUUCCAUCGAAAUAUGUUUAUAAAUUUUGAUUUCCACAAAAAUAAUAUAUUAUGACUGAAAAAUGUAGUUCACAAAGUGAAAUGAAAUUCCUUCCAAGUAAAUUUAUAAGCCAGCCACUCUACAGCCACUAAAUGAUGUUUACUUGGUCAAAAGGGGCUUUUAUUUCGGAUUUCCAUUGAAAUUACAGGCCUCAUGCAUGCAACGGUUAAGCCCCCAAAAUUAAAUAUAUAGUAGUAGCAAAGCCAACCCAGUUUUAGAGAUUAAUAUUUACAUAUUUGGAGAGGGAAAAAUGACAACGGAAACUGAUGCAGUGAAGCAAAUAAAUAGUGAAAAUCUUAAGAAGAACAGAAUUCAAGUGUCUAACACCAAAAAACCUCUCUUCUUCUACGUCAAUCUUGCUAAGAGGUACUUGCAGCAGAAUACUGAGAUCGAGCUAUCUGCAUUGGGCAUGGCAAUUACAACAGUUGUCACAAUAGCUGAGAUUCUUAAAAAUAGUGGAUUUGCCGCUGAGAAAAAGAUUUUAACAUCCACAGUGGGAAUGAUCGAUGAAGCCAAGGGCCGGUUAGUUCAGAAAGCCAGGAUUGAAAUUGUGCUGCAAAAGGGUGAAAAAUCUGAGACACUGAUGAAUCGAAGCCAAGCAGUGGUGCAAGGAGCAAUUGCUAAUGGGAAAGUUGAAAACAAACAUUAGCAUCUACAACAGAUAGUCUGUUGUCUGUAUUUUAUAUGUUGGAUUCCAUUCUUAUCGUCUCUAUCAUUCGUUUAAAUUUGUGGCUAUGACAUUACUAAUUGUAAGAGUGAAAGGAGGUUUCCCAUUAAUUUUAUUAUGUUUCUCUUACCCGUAUAUCUUACUUUCAAAAUGGGAUUCACGAAUAUCUAUUCCAAACAAUGAUUUGGCACAGUAGAACUGAAUGAGAC